CUCUCUCCACCUCCAAACCAUCUGAGGUGCUGCUUUGUCAUCCUGUGUUUGUGGUGGGAGGGAGCUGAGCCUGUUGUCUUGUUCCUUACCCUGGUUGCACACAGCAGGACACAGUUGCCACUCGCUCUAACCAGAGCCCCUUAUUAAAUUACCUGCGGAUACAGAGUCAUUCAGGACACUGUUCCAACUCUCAAGUUUCUGAAAAUGCGUCAUCCGGAGGCUGGCUUGUCCUAUAAAUCUGGAGAGUUUUUUUUCUCCACAUGAUGUGUAAAAUCGGGAACUCCAUGCAUCCAGCCUGCUCCCCGCUUUUCUGAGAUUCCUUUCAGAUGAGGAUAAUUCUGCAGAGCCUUUUGCGUGCGACAUGGAAUGUGUUUCCAAAGGCUGUGCUGAUAUGAACAAUAUUCAGGAGUAACAGCUGAAGAUUUUCACAGGAGCUGCUGAUGUAAUGGCAGUGCCUCUGCAGGUCCUCCUUGGAGUGGGUCUGGCCUUUCUCUGCUUCUGCCUGACGCUUGGCUGCACCCUCUGCUGGCGGAAAAGGAAACGUCGGGGCGUCCCCUUUGGCAAGGACCCAGCCUCCGAGCGGAUCAUCAUGGACCCCAGCUCGCCUCUGCCAGGGGGCGCCAGUACGCCCAUCAAGCAGCAGUACGAGGAGGUGCGCGGCUUGGUGCUGGACUAUCCUACGGGCAUCGUGACCUCUCUACCUGACAGAGAGCCCGAUCCCGACUACAAGCACAACCCCCACGGCAGAGCGUCGCUGCCCUUUAUCCCCGUCGUGCCGAGAGCCAGCCUGGCCGGCCGAACCAAGAGGAUCCUGGAGAGGCGCUGCACCGUCUCGGGUGACUGCUCCGUCUACAACGAGCACGGCGCCCACCCGAACCCGGGCGCCAGGCCCUCGGUCCCUAGCCUGAUGGGCACCAACUCCCUCACUGCAGCGCCCGACGACACAGUGGGCGCCAAGUCCAAGCCGAGACCCGUCCUGCGUUUCACGCUCUUCUACUUGCCGCGCGAGCUCACCUUGACGGUGACCGUUCUGGGCGUCUCUGGCCUGCCCAAGAAACUCGGCAGUGGCUGCGACUCCUACGUGAAGGUCUACCUGCUGCCCAGGUUCAUGGAGCCGCGGCAAACCAGCAUCUGCAGGAAGAGCCUGAACCCCGAGUUCCGGGAGAGCUUUCAGUUCUCGGGCUAUACCCUUGAGGAGAUAAAGUGCUUCACGCUCCGCUUCACCGCCUACGUCAAGGAGUUCCACAACCUGAAGGACACCUUCGUUGGCGAGGUGCUGUUUGCCUGUGAGCAGGGUGACUGGCAGCCCCAUUCACCCUCGGCUUAUACAAGAGAGCUCACCACCACCAAGACAAAGCUCAAAAAGUGUCUCAGCUCCCAAGAUGUGGUGGGACCCUCGAGCGGCACAGGUCAAGCCAAGCUGUUGGGCCAGCUCUUCAUCCUGCUCCAGUAUCAGACCCUGGCUAACCGGAUCAAGGUGAUGGUUCGAAAGGCCGAGUCUUUGGCCAGACUGACCCGCAUGCCAGGGUCACCAGAUCAUUAUGUCAUUAUAAGCCUCUACCAAGAUGAUAAAGUUCUCUCAACCAAGGAAACCAAGACAUCAAGUGGCUAUAACCCAGUGUGGAAUGCACCAUUUCUGUUUGAUGUUCCUUCAGGAGAUAUUGAAAACCUACAGCUCUCUCUGGAAUUUAUAGUCAUGCAGAGUCGCAUUUACACCCGAAGUGGAGUCCUGGGCCGUGUGGUAAUUGGGGGGAAUGCUUCAGAGACGGGGAGAACACACUGGAGGGAGAUGUCGAAUCGAGGACAUGUGGAAUCUGCCAGGUGGCAUACCAUUCAACCAGACACUUUCUAGACACCCACAAACACACCUGUUCUGUCGCUCCUCCCGCUGUCCCUUAACUGUUCAGUGAAAUGUAAUAAAAUGUACGAAAAUCCCAGUGUCCUUUAGGAGCUUGGUGUUGCCGGAGCACAAUCAGUGGUCCCAGAUAUUACCUUCCCAUUUCUGAGACCUAGCACAAAAGGUGGCCAUUUUUUCACAGAUGGCCUGUUGCUAAGGGAUACAUGAUGAGUUGAGGUGGAUUCAGCAUUGAUCCGAGAGUCUCAGUGUGAGCCCAUAUACCUCAUACUGGGACAAAUGAAAGUUCCUGAGAUCUGUUUAAAAAGACUUUUUAAAUAGCGUGAAGUACGUAUUCUUCCUACAACAAAGCUGCAGCAUCACAAACUGACUCAACUUAUUAAAAUAUUUCAAGGGGCUUAAUAUGCAAGCAUUAUCAACCCAUAUUGACACCGAAUCACAACUGGAGAUAUCAAGACAGCUACAAACAGGUAGGUUUUUAGGAGUAUCUUAAAGGAACAAAGCAAGGUGAAGAGGUUUAGGAAGGGAAAUUCCAGAGUUUGGAGUUUACGUAACUCAUAGCCUGGUGAGAUGAUAAAAAAUAAAGGGCUUUGGAAGUGUUGCAGGAGCAUUUUGUUGUCACUGUACCUAGGUACUGUGAAACGUUUUGUUUUGCGUGCAGUACAGGUAGAUCAUACCAUACAACGACCACAGGGCGAUUGAACAGAUUUGAUACAAUGUUGCGGAUGCAAGAAGGUGCACAGAGAGCAAGAUCAACAUUAGGUUUGAAACUUGAGAGGUCCAUUUGGAAGUCUAAUAACAUCGGGGAAGAAACUGUUCUCGAACCUGUUGGUUCCAUUGACGUUGCCAGGUUUAGAGGGAGAUACUAAAUAGGCUGGGGCUGUUUUCGCUGGAACAUCAGAGGCUGAGGGGUGACCUUUUAGAGGUUUUU